AGAGACAGAGGGAGAGAGUACUCCCAGCGCAGUCGGAUCAGCGGUUCUGUCUCCUUGUUCCGUGGAUUAGUGCUCCCACUGCUCUCAGGAUCCCACCGCUCGUUACUGGAAACUAACACUGAACUGGCGUUAAAGGGAUUUUGAUUAUUAGGUGUUUCGACAGCAGUUAUACUGUCAUACAGUAGGUUGAAGGCGGAUAUUUGCCACUUCAAUCUGUCGUAGAUUAUAGUAUGGAGAUGAACGGUCGUGCCCUGCCGCCGUCAAUACCCGAGGAUAGGGAGGUCCUGGACCAUGUUCCUCGUGGGGAGAUGAACGGUUACCACCAGAGGCUGCAGGAUGGAGGGGAGGCCGAGGUGCCGGAGUCCAAGUCCCAGAGGCGGAAGAGCGAUGUCAAAGUUUAUAAGGAGUUUUGUGAUUUUUACGCUCGCUUCAACAUGGCCAAUGCUCUGGCCAACGCCAUGUGUGAGCGCUGCAAGAGCGGCUUCGCCCCGGCAGAGAAGAUUGUCAACAGCAACGGGGAACUUUACCACGAGCAGUGCUUUGUGUGCGCCCAGUGCUUCCAACAGUUCCCAGAGGGACUCUUCUAUGAGUUUGAAGGACGGAAGUACUGUGAACACGACUUCCAGAUGUUGUUCGCCCCCUGCUGCCACCAGUGUGGUGAAUUCAUCAUCGGCCGCGUGAUCAAGGCCAUGAACAACAGCUGGCACCCGGACUGUUUCUGUUGUGAUAUCUGCCAGGCUGUGUUGGCCGACGUCGGUUUUGUAAAGAACGCUGGAAGGCACCUGUGUCGUCCAUGUCACAACAGGGAGAAAGCUCGGGGCCUCGGCAAGUACAUCUGUCAGAAGUGUCACGCUAUUAUCGACGAGCAGCCUCUGCUGUUCAAGAACGACCCCUACCACCCUGAUCACUUCAACUGCAAUAACUGCGGUAAGGAGCUGACUGCAGACGCCAGGGAGCUGAAGGGGGAGCUGUACUGUCUGCCCUGCCACGACAAGAUGGGCGUCCCCAUCUGCGGCGCCUGUCGGAGACCCAUCGAGGGCCGCGUGGUCAAUGCCAUGGGCAAGCAGUGGCAUGUGGAGCAUUUUGUGUGUGCUAAGUGUGAGAAACCCUUCCUCGGACACCGUCACUACGAACGCAAGGGCCUGGCCUACUGCGAAACGCACUACAACCAGCUGUUUGGAGAUGUCUGCUACCACUGCAACCGUGUUAUCGAAGGAGAUGUGGUGUCUGCUCUGAACAAGGCCUGGUGUGUCAACUGUUUCGCCUGCUCCACCUGCAACACCAAGCUCACCCUCAAGGAUAAGUUUGUGGAGGUGGAUCUGAAACCGGUGUGUAAGCACUGCUACGAACGCCUGCCGGACGACAUGAAGCGCCGUCUCGCCAAGCGUGAGCGCGACUCUAAAGAGAAAAAGAAGAAGUUGAUGCCCAUGUGUCUGUGAUCCUCUCUUUCUCCUUUCUCCUCAUUUCCACUGUUCUUCCUUUUGGAACAAGUUUGUGGAGUUUGACAUGAAGCCAGUAUGUAAGAAGUGCUAUGAGAAAUUCCCUCUGGAGCUGAAGAAGAGGCUGAAGAAGCUGUCGGAAACGGUUGCACGCAAGUGAACACGCAGCCGGGCCGCAGGAGGGCGGGAGAGAUGGGUCCCAGAGGUGGCCUCGCAUGGAAGAAGUCCCAUUUCCACAAUUUACAAUCGCAAGAGAUAUAAUCUGUGCGGUUUAUGUUGUUGGUAACAUGUUGGUUUAAUUGGUAUUUUAUUUCAGUGGAACGCUCCACUUCUCAUUUCAUGAGCCUGAAACUGAUGAUUGUUGGUCAGUAAAUUUAACCUGUUCUGCUUCGCUCGGCUCAAAUACUACACUUUACAUUAUUGCCUUAUUUCACUGCUACACAAAAUAGGUAAACAUUAACACACAUAACGAUGGUCCUGUAUUUAAUAAUAUCACAAACUUUAAGAAAACAUUGAACAUGGGGAUAAUAAAUAGCCUUAAAGUUUGCCAACGUUUCUCGUGAUGCCAAAAAUCUGUCCCCUGUUUGACUCCUGUUACAGUAUGUUACUGAUACUCUUGUAUGAUGUUUAGCAAACCCUAACAAAGAUGGAAAAAAUGCAGUUGUUCUGAAUGUGUAUAUAAUAUCUCCAAUAUUUCAAGUUUUCCACCAACAUGUAUCAUUUUAUGUAUUACUAACAUGUAUUUUCUGUAAUAAUAUAAGUUUGUUUAGCUCUAUGAAAUUGGAUUUUUUAUUCUAUUUUUACUGUACCCUCCUUGAUGCAGCAGUGAUGGACUGACCCGUUACCCGCAGUAUGUUGGAUUGCCUUUUUACAAACUGUGGAUUUUACAUGUGAAACAAUCUCUGUGCAAAGUGGUAUUUACACUGAGUUACCAGUUUAUCAGGCUCACUUUCAAAAUCUAAAAUAACCCUGUAAUUAAUCUCAAGUGAACUAUUUUCAGUUUUUGCUUCAUCUCCUGAGAUUUGCAGUAAAUCCACGAGAGUGACAGAAUAUUGUAAACACCUUUCAAAGUAAUGCAGUCCAGUUCAACACCAGAGCUACAGCUUGAAAAAAUACUAUAUGGAUGAGGCAAAAUCUGUGACAUGCUGUCAACAAGUACUGGACUUCACAGUCUCAGGUUUUCUUUCAUAACAACUGUUAACUCUCUGUGUGUGUGUGUGUGUGUGUGUGUUGUGCGUGCGUGCGUGCGUGUAGUGAGAGAGACCGGAUGUGGGAGUAAUGUCAGAUGUGAGAACAUGCGUCUCUGCUGUUUGUAAUCCAGCAGAGACCACUUGCCUAAGAGGCAAUUGAUCCUCUUAGGGAGGUGUACCGACUUCCUCGAGGCUCAGACCCUCUUAGAAAAGAAAAACCAACUGUUGUGAAUGGGAAAGGUUCAUAUCCAUUUUCACUGCGUGUUUCACUCAAGCAGGUAUUUUAUCAUAGAAAGCUUUUUCUUUCAUAUAUAGAAAGACACAUUCCACUAUUUUACAGUAACUACAAAGCCAAUGUUACUCACUGCCUAAGCCACAGCAUUUCUCAUACGUCAUGUCAAAGACAUACCCUCCAUCGGACUGUUUGUUUUGAAGCAGAACUUCAGCUUCAAAAUAGUCCUGUUGGUAUUUGAUAUCUUACUACCUGGGUGACUACUGCUCUUAUAUUGUAUUCAAUCUUCACAAUGCUUGUCAAGAGACAAUAGCGCUCAAUGUAAACACACCAAAGUGCAUGUUUUACACUUCAAUGGAAAGUUUUAUUUUUCUCCAGUAUAUUAAUUCUUUUGAAUAAAUAUGUCCAUCACA